UUCCUUUGUUACAAAAUGGCAAACUUUUGUGUCAUUAUCUCUACAAUAACACUAGUAGCUUUGUUUCUCACCUCCAAUGACGCGCUCCCGACUGCCGAUGUGAACGAUACGCCGUAUGCUUUAACGCGUAAUUAUACGUAUGUUUGUGAUCCUUCGAGGUUUAAUGACCUCGGAAUGGACAUGAGUUCGUUUGCAUAUUGCGAUUUGUCUCUUCCUUAUGAUACGAGGGUAAAGGACUUAAUAGACAGAAUGACUUUGCAAGAAAAAGUGCAGCAGGUUGGAGACACUGCUACUGGGGUUCCUAGGAUUGGGCUGCCUAAGUAUGAGUGGUGGUCGGAGGCAUUGCACGGUGUAUCGAACGUAGGCCAAUGGAACAGUAAGGCGUCGUUCUUCGAUGAUGAAAUCCCUGGUGCAACAAGUUUUCCUACUCCCAUUUGCACUGUUGCAUCGUUUAACCAGUCGAUGUGGAAAAUGAUUGGACAGGCUGUUUCGACAGAAGCAAGAGCAAUGUAUAAUUUAGGACAUGCUGGACUGACAUUUUGGAGUCCAAACAUUAAUGUAGUACGAGAUCCUCGAUGGGGACGAGCUCUCGAGACACCAGGAGAAGAUCCUUAUGUUGUUGGAACAUAUGCCUCUAGCUAUGUUAGAGGAUUGCAGGAUGUUGACGGGACAGAGAAUACAACUGACCUUAAUUCUAGGCCUCUUAAGGUUGCUGCCUGUUGCAAACAUUAUGCAGCUUAUGAUGUCGAUGCUUGGCUUGGAAUCGAGCGUUACAAUUUUGACGCACGGGUAACUGAGCAAGACAUGGCCGAGACUUUUGUUAAGCCCUUCGAAAUGUGUGUUAAACAAGGUGAUGUAUCCAGCGUAAUGUGUUCUUACAACAGGAUUAAUGGCAUUCCUGUCUGUGCCGAUCGAAGGCUUUUAAAAGAUGUCAUUAGGGGACAGUGGGAUCUUCAUGGAUACAUAGUUUCCGACUGUGAUUCGAUUGAAGUGAUAAUAGAUCAUCACCAAUGGCUCAAUGACUUGCCGGAAAGUGCUGUUUCACAAGCCCUUAAAGCAGGAUUGGAUUUGGAUUGUGGGAAUUACUACACAAACUUUGCUAACAAUGCAGUGGUUCAAGGGAAAAUCAAAGAGGGAGAUAUAGAUAGUGCCCUUCAAAACCUCUAUGUUGUGCUUAUGAGGCUUGGAUUUUUUGAUGGGAGCCCUCAGUAUGAAACACUCACCAAAGAUGAUAUAUGCACUCAUGAACACAUCGAAUUAGCAACCGAAGCAGCAAGAGAAGGAAUCGUCCUUCUUAAGAAUGAUGACAACAUUUUACCUUUGAGCGCAGACAAUGUCAAAACCAUAGCAGUUAUCGGUCCACAUGCCAAUGCUACAGACACCAUGAUCGGGAAUUACGCAGGUAUACCUUGCAAGUAUACAACUCCUUUAGAUGGAUUCUCAGCCUAUGGUAAUGUACAAUAUGAAAUGGGGUGUGACAGUGUAGCUUGCAACAAUGACAGUCUAAUAUUACCAGCAACACAAGCAGCAAAACAGGCUGAUGCAACUAUUGUUGUUGUGGGAUUGGAUUUAAGUUGUGAGGCCGAGAGUCUGGAUCGAGCGGAUUUGCUUCUCCCGGGAUUUCAAACAAAGUUAAUCAAUCAAGUCGCAUCAGAGUCAAAAAAUCCUGUAAUUCUUAUAGUAAUGUCAGCAGGUGGUGUUGAUAUUUCUUUUGCCAAAAAUAAUUCGAACAUCAAGGGAAUCCUCUGGGUAGGAUAUCCCGGAGAGGAAGGUGGACGUGCGAUCGCAGACGUUGUAUUCGGGUCACACAACCCCGGUGGGAAAUUACCUCUAACAUGGCACGAAAACAGUUACGUCGAUAUGCUACCUAUGACCUCUAUGCAAUUGAGGCCACUCGAUAUCAUGGGCUACCCAGGUCGAACAUACAGAUUUUUCAACGGUUCCGUAGUGUAUCCAUUUGGAUAUGGCCUAAGCUACACUAAUUUCACCUACAAAAUUUCGUCCUCUGAACAAUCAUUGAGCAUUCAAUUGAACAAGUUCCAGCACUGUCGGGACCUUAACUACACCAAUGACUCAUUUAAGCCUCCGUGUCCUGCGGUGCUUAUCGAUGACUUACAACAAUGUGAUGAUCAGAACGUCGAGUUUGAGGUCGAGGUACAGAAUGUUGGCCAAAAAGACGGCCGAGAGACUUUAAUCCUGUAUUAUAUACCCCCUGCUGGAAUUCAAGAGGCUCCUAUAAAGCAAGUAAUUGCUUUUGAAAAAGUGUUCUUGGCUGCAGGAGAAAGCCAAAACGUUCCAUUUAAGUUAAAUGCAUGCAAGAGUUUGGGAGUUGUUAAUUUUAAUGGAUACAAUCUUUUACCAGCCGGGAGCGGUACCAUUGUAAUUGGAGAUGACUUAUUAUCAUUUCCAAUUAGUAUUAAUUUUAAACAAUAAUUCUUAUUUAUUUUAGGUAUUUGAUGGUGAAUAAGUAGUUAGAAAUUAGGUUAGGUUUUAAGCUCAGUUUUUUAUGUGAUUUAUUUAGUGGUUUAAGGAUGUAAUUUGUGACUGAUGAUCUUCUAUGAAUAAUGAAGUGAAUUAUUGUUGAAGU